CAGUUUGUUUGGAAGCGAUCAGCUGCGGAACAACGAGACAGCUGUUAACGUUAGCGAAAUCGCAAAACAAAUUAGUAAUGAGUAUCUGACAGCGUAGAGACAGGUAGUGUAGUAUCGCCUGUCGAGGAAAAGUGAGAAUCUUCAAGCGGCUACGUUAAUACUGAAUACUCCUUUUUAGUUGAAAAGUAGAGAUGUCAGACACAACUGAUGAAACAAUUGACGCGAAUGAAAGCCAAGAAAGUGAUGAUGAAAAGUGGAAUUACAUUCCAGAUACAAUUCUGCUUCAUAUCUUUCAAUACCUUACAGCAAGAGAAUUGCUUAAUGUAGGCUUGACAUGCAAGAGGUGGUUGAGUGUAUCCUACGAUGAACUUUUGUGGAAAAAUUUGCUUUACUCUACCUUUAAAAUCGAUCGUUCGGUUGGGAUAGCGCCAGGAAAAUCAUCAUGGUUGUCGGAGUACAAACGUCUUACAUAUCAUACACCUUUAAUUCAGACAGAAGUUCUGACAGAACAUUCAAAUCAAGUUCUUCACGUAAGCUUCUCUCAUGAUGGGUCUUUGUUUGCAACUUGUUCAAAAGAUGGAUAUGUUCUGGUUUGGACCUCAUCUUGCCCUGCCAAAAUAAAGUACUACCAUGACAUGAAAUUAUUUUGUUGGAAAUAUACACAGUAUUCCCAAUUUAAUGCCUCUGACACACUCCUCUUGGUGUCUGGUGUUCAUUUUGGUUCUCCUCAUAGCACAUCUGGUGAAAUUGCUGUUUUCAGCCUGCAAGAUGGUUUUGCCCUGCAGUGUAGAGUGAAAAACAGACCAUAUGACAUAUUUGGUACAUGGUUCAGUGAUCAGUAUUUAUUAUCAGGUGAUCUUCACUGGCUUGCACACUUAGUCAGUACGUCUGUCCUGUGGUUGAAUAAAGCAUCCCAAGAAGCAAAUUCUGAACAUGUUCCAAUCACAAGCAAGUUGUAUGCAUUCUACAACCCCAACUCCAGCUCUAUUCGAGCGAUAAUGGUAGCCAACUGUUUGGCACCUUCACCAACACAGGUUAAUAAUAGUAACCAACAGUCUCCAAUGGAUAACAUUCAAAAAUCACUAAAUAAUGAAAAAAGAAACCCAUAUCCAUCAACCAGUGAGAUGAAUGGAUCACCACUGUUAUACAAUGGAAGUCUUGAAGAAGAUCCACCUGAAUCACUAAUUCAGGUUUCAUCAUGUUUACAGGCAAAUUCUCUUGAAGGUGCCUUUUUAAAUUGGCGUCGAAGAAGUGAUAUUGUUGAUUAUCCAUGUUCCAUUCAGUAUAAUUCAGACUACAGAAGGGUGGAAACACAAUGUGGAAGAUCUAGCUAUGAUUGCAGUAAUGGUAGUAGAGAAUAUGGACUUUAUGAAAGUGACAGGGACACAGUAGAUGGAACAGAUGAAAAUGCUUCCGAAAAUUCUGAGGCAUCAAUGGAAGCAGAAGAAUGCAUGAGCGAAAGUGAUGAUUUAGCACAACAACCAGAAAAAUAUUUAAUAUUUACUACUGGCUCCAAAACUUAUACUCCACAUUUAAUAGGAUUCAAACGUAUUACGUCAGUUUCGUUUCCUCAGAAACUGGAUCCUGGACCAUCGCUGAGAGAACGAAUAGCUGCGAGAGCUAGAGAAAAGGAACUCAGGAAUGCUGAAGUGCCCAUACCAGAACCUAACUGGCUUGACUAUAAUGAGGUUGCUCACAAAUUUGACAAAGUAGACCAUGUUAUUGAUCUUCAUGGCCAUAUUAUAGGAAUGGGAUUAUCACCAGAUCACAGGUAUCUCUAUGUAAACACCAGACCAUGGCCCAGAGGAUACGUUAUUACAAAUCCAUUGGAUCCACCACCCAUAGCUCAAGAAAUUGACAUUCAUGUUAUAGAUUUAGUUACCCUGAAGGAAGUGGGGACAAUGUUACGAUCUCACAAAGCAUAUACACCAAAUAAUGAAUGUUUCUUCAUCUUCCUUGAUGUAUCUGAUGAAUAUGUAGCCAGUGGUGCAGAAGAUAGACAUGGCUAUUUAUGGGAUCGUCAUUAUGGUAUAUGUCUAGCUAAAUUUCCACAUUCGGAUGUUGUGAGCUGUGUUGCAUUCAACCCAGCAGAUCCUGAAAUGUUAGUAACAGCCUCUGAUGAUUACACAGUGAAAGUCUGGAGAUCAAGAAAUAAAGUGAAGAGCUUGAGUCUUGACAGAAGUUCCCUGCAACAAGGAAUUGAAACGUGUGAUAGAAAAAGAACCAACCUUAAAACCAGAAAACUGUUAUGACUGUGGUCUAUUUAAUACACGUCAAAUAUUUAUGUACAUGAUAACUGUAAUAUUUUAUUACUUCAUAGAUCUGUCUUGUUUAUAUAGAUAUCCAGAUGCUGGAAAAUACUUAAAAUGCACUAUGUGCAGAUCACAUGAUUAUGCUUCAUGUUUAUCAUUCACUACUAGUGAUAACUUAGAUUUUCAUUAUACAUGUAAAGAAGAAAAAGUAAAUAUCACAAUGCGAACUUAUAAGACACAAAAGUAUUCUUUUGUCUAAGACAUUUUAUUGAAAAGGUGAAAAAGUUAGGAAGUAUGACAGAAUUUUGAUGUGUGCUUUAUUAUAUACUUUUAAAAAUGGCAUCCUCUGUUCACAAAGUUUAGUAUCUAAGAAUUGUACUAAUGAACCAUCACUCUUCAUUCACAUUAGAUUUAAAUUUUGUCAAAUUUGAUGUGAUGAUUUAUGAGCAACUUGACUCAGCUUGUUAUCACACUUUUAUUAUAUUUUCACAUCUCCUCAUGUACAAACUGAUAUUUCACUGCAUGUAAUAUUACUUGCUGCUUUUUUAUGAACCUGUGAUAAUUUUCUUGAAUUUUAUGCUGAAGUCUGAAGAAUAUACGGAACUGUUGCCUAAAAAAAAAGGCAAUGAUAAUUCAAAAAUGUCUGAAA